AUGCUAGGUGAGUUUGAACAUGGAUAGACUUGUUGGUAGUUAAAUAAUGGAGGAAGGGGAGGAGGAGGGAGGCUAGAAGGAAAGAAGGGGCUAAUGGGUGAGGUUAGGCCACUAAAAGAAUGAAAUGGUGGGAAACCAGGUCAAGGUUGGAAGUCAAAGGAGAUAGGUUGACGUACCUGAGAGCUAUUGGCCUUAGGUUUUGGGAAGCCUGAACUAGGUUGGGGCAUAAAUGAUUUAGGGUAAUUCAUGUAUGAAUUAUUUGCUGGAUAUAUAGUAGGGCUUUGAUAAGUAACCGGUACGCAGGACAGAGAAUUAUUCGAGGAUAUAAUUGGAGCUGCGGGGUUUGUAGACAUGCUGGGCUGAACAGACUUGUUAGAUCUAAGAGAAGGCGUCGUACCCCUAAACGGAACUGUACUCUUGGAGUAUGAUAUGCCCAGAUCUUUUAUAACCCUGGGCACAUUUAUGGAGUGACCUUCAAUAUUGUACUCUUUUAGUGCCGCCUUAGAAGACAACUCCGGGUUGUGCAUACAUUAAACUCCUCGUUCUGAUGUCUUCAGUCCUCUCCUUCCAACAUAGUAUUUCCCCUGAUAAGAAUAGUUGGAUUUGUUUCUAACGCCUCCCUGAGAAUGCCUGCAAACUGGCAUUAAAUACAAAUUAUUAUUAUUAUUAUUAUUAUUAUUAUUAUUAUACGCACUCACCCCGCUUGUUCACAACAUAUCUUCUGCUUGAAUUGACGAAAAUUCAGAAGUUAGGAUUCGAAAAGUCCCCUUUAUAAUCGCUUCUUUAUGUACAAUACUUUUUGACUCUUGAGUAAUUCAUAAAAGAAUUUCUUUCCGCAGAUAUGAGUGCAUUUAUGAACUGAGUGCCGCAAUUUUGGAUCAUUUACUUAGAUUGCGUCAGUCGGAGCCGCAAACGAUAGGGAGAGGUUUACGACGAAUACUCGUGUGAUUGACUUCCUAUUUCUUGAUUUCGUUAGAGAAAGCCUUGAUUCAGUAGGAAUAAUUAUGAUAUGUACUGAUCUGAUAUUCACGAGGAAAUAUAAGCUGCAUUUUGGUAGCUCGUAUUGUGGCAAACCAGCUGCUAGAUAUGCUAUGCUAGUUAUGUUUAUUUGUGGGGAGUUUUUUUUCAUCAACGCCCAUUAUUCUUCAUAAUAGGAUACUUAUUCAAAAUCUGUGAAUUUAGUAUCGUAUGGAUACUGUCUACCUGUUCUAAAAUUCAGGUAAAAAUUUACUCUUACUUGCUAUGAUCGGACACCUAUGGGUUUUGAAUGAAAAAUUAUUAUUACUAUUAUAAGAAUAGAUUUAUAAGAAUGAGUUAGUUCUUCGUUCCAUUGAAGCAAUAACCUGAACAGAGAAGAUUUUCGCUAAUGGUGUUCGCUGUCUCGGCCACCAUUGGCUGUCCAAGCAAGUCAACGGAAGAAGAAUAAUUUUUCACGCAUUAGGCGUUAUAUCUGAGCAUAUUUACAACAUGAAUAAUUGAAUGACGGAUUUCAAGGACAAAACUAGCAAUAGCUCGGACCAGGAGAGUUUUUAAAAAAGGAUAAGUCACUGUACGGUUAAAAGGGGACUUGACUAGUUAUUGCAUAAGUGGUAGAAUUAGGAAGCUUAGGAUCACAGAAGGCAGUGGAGAAUUCUUUUUCCAUCGUAAAUUGAACCGACGAUAGAAUGUAUUAAUUACGGAUAACUUUAUAAGUCGACUUACGGUCAGGUCGAGAUAACAGUGAGUCGGCGUCAAUUUUAUGUUCUUGUCUGGUACGUGUAGACCGAAUAUCUUAUCCUAAACCUAGGGAAUGUUCGACUGUUGACGUUUGGGAAGACUGAUUAAUUAGGCAGACGCAUAACCUGUAAUGAAAUCCUGUUCACUGUGGAAGUAAAGAUUCCAGGAAGAAAAUGAUGCCUGAAUAUUAGGACCAACUUUUUGACUUCUGUCAGUAUUUCCGCUUAAUCGCUUUGUGCAUAAAUUGGAUACGCCGCCGCGGCAGAUCUUCGCUGAAUGUUGUCAGACAGUUCAGAAUUAUUUAAAUCCCAUUCCACACUCGGAAAUUGCAAAGAUUUCUCUACUUGCGACUAUUAACCGCCUCUUGAUCUUCAACCCCCUCAUCACGAAUGUGUCUUAGUCAACUUUUUGCGAGGACUUUGCGUUCCAAUGAUGUGGAUAAGACUUAAGUUCCUGUCGAGUAUUUGGAAAAUUUCGAAUUCAUUAGUGCGAAUUAAUUCAGAGGCUUUCGUCUGCUGCCUGUCCCCGUCCGACGGGGCAGAUAUGAACAUAAGAAUGUGUUCCCAGAAUAUUCUGCACCAGGAUUCUUAUAUCUGCUCUCCUGAGUCCUGAGAUUAUUAUAAUGGCAAACCUGAGUUCAUGCUGUCCUGCAUAAUCUAUGAAGAAAUCCAUAUUUUAGUCCAAGCAUCAAAGAAGCACACAUUCUUGCUCAAGUGCAGCAAAAUAUUAGGGUGUACAUGCAUUCUAGAAUAUGAACCACAUUUUAUCUUGCGCCAAGGCAAGUUUUGUUAAGUUAAAGUGGCAGUCGGCAGAUUGCGCACGUGGUGGGCGGGUUGAUAUUUUCCAGGCUUGUGCCUUCUCGGGUGUUUGCCGCCAGUAUACUCUCGGCAGGUACUAUAUUGUGGCUCCAAGUUCACUUGAAUGAGUGAUGUAUAGCGCACUCAGGGGAAUUUAGUGAAAGCUUGAUAUUAGGAUAUUACUACGUCGAUGUGUUUCGUGGGUUUUUUGUUUUAUCGUCGCACGUGCGAAGUGCCUUAGCUCUCUUGAUGCAUCUUGCGCAGGUUUUUAACGCUGCAUUUGCAAUUUCUAGCAAUUGUGUUCUUUUAUCAGUUUCCAUAAGCUAGUUAGAAAGGCAUGUUUGUUGUCUUGCCCGCUGGCGUAUGACAUAAAUAUGCACAACUGAUCGGAUUCCUCACUGACCCUGAGCUCAUGGCUAAUGUCUCCUCAUCGUGGUCUUUCACUUGUCAUAAGAGGAUUGAGGAAAUCCUUGUCCGAUAUGAAAAUGCAUCUCAGAGCGGCUUAGUGGUUACUGGUUUGUCCUACGUGCAUGUGAUUUGCGCAAGGCACUGUAAAACCCUUGCACUGACUUCUUAGAUCGUUGGGUUUCUUUUGGUUUGGCGACAAAUCUGCUCCACGUAGCGCAUUUGUGACCGCUUGCAGCUUUUCAUUAUGUUGUGCAGUCAUGUACAUUAACAUCUGGAAAAGUUAUGCAUCAUCGUGGAUAUAUGAGAGCGAAGAACACUAGCGUAAGUCGUCUGAUGUGGCAGCCGUGUGCCAUGAUUUUAAACUCAAAUAGACCUUGUGACAGGUCGAAAGCAGUUUGAGGUUGAUCCUUGGCUUCCAACUCAAUUGAUCUAAAUCUUGAUAUGAGAUCGAUUGUAGGAAACCACCUUAGACCGGCUAUGGCAUCGAGUGUCGCCUCUGUGUGGGACAAAGUGAAGAAGUCUCGUGUUGUAAUAGGAUUUGACUGGCGGUAAUCGAUCCAAGACAGUAGUUUUCAGCCAUUUUCCGGAGCUAGUAAACUGCGGAGUCUCACUGUGACACUGAAUGUCGAAGGACGGCCUGUUAUGAGCAUUUCAUCGGUGAGAUUAUUGGCCUCUUGACAUUGUGUGGGAUAUGACAUGGUAGUCGCGUGCGUGCCCCCGACGUGGCGGAUUACCUAUGCGGAUAGGUCUUUCCGUGCAGAAACGUCGGUAAACGUAGCCAUUAGUAUUUUGAACUCCAUCAUAAUCGCGGUUGUCAGAUUGGUAUCUUUCUGUAAUGUAUCAUCUACGCAUAUCUGUCGCUGCAAAGGCCACUGGGGCCGCAGUCGCUGCUAUUAGUGUUUCCCCGUCCAUGUUUACGACUGCAGAUGUUACUGGUGUGUGUGAGGCGAAGGCCAAAAUUAGGCCUGGAACGUCACGGCGAUCCAUGUGAAGCAAGUCAAGCCAUAACAAAACGUACCGAGCCAAGGUAGGUGAGACCAUAGACGUGUGGUCGUUUGUGGUAGCCUGAAAUGUGGCUAGAUUAGACCCAUUAGUCUCGACAGACACCUCUUGGUCAGGAAUGCAGCUUGAAAACACUGGUCGUAGUUCAGUAUAUAUAAUUAUAUAAGGGAGAUAGACAGAACCUUGGAAAAUCCUAUCUACAGAUAGAAGGCUGAAAAUCAUGUACAUAUUUACGUAACAGUUUUGCCAGUCAUUGGUAUCGAAUAAAUAUUUGACUAUCAACCAUAAAUUUACCAAUUCUUUUUUUUUGAAGGUCUCAACGUUUUCCGCCAAGACAACGGAUUCGACAAUUCGGUCCACCCUUCAACCAGCCCGUGGGAUAAGAAUUUGGCCCGCACUUCAAGUUUGUCAUACUUUAUCGUCAAAUUGUAUUGGUAGCCUCGGGGAUUGGUCAUUCGCGCCAGUUCCAAAAAAAAAAAUAAUCAAACUGAAGAGCACAGUCUGCCCUCUGACGAUCCUAAAGGCCCUGAUAAUGUCCUCUCUGUAUUGUCUAUAAGAGAAGAAAUAUUUUUAGCCUUUUCAGGCGUCUAUCAUAAGGUAAGCAACUUUAUCCGCCGACCAGUUUGGUUGCUUUUCCUUGUAAGUUCUCCAACAGGGUGUAAUCUUGUUUCAUUAGGGACACCAUGCCCUAACGCAACAUUUCAGCAUUGGCCGAACAAAUGUUCCAAAUACUCAGCCGAAAAGUUCUUCAUCAAGAUUGAGGAAGGAUCUUCUAAUUGCGCCUAGAGUGGCCGUGGCCUUUUCGGUACCUUGGGACAGUGAGGCGAUGGUUUAA